AUAUUUUCCAUACCAAGCCUGGACUUCUCCUUCUAGAUAGCGGGGCUGGGACGCGUCAAUAGUUAGAUUACUGGUCUUUGGUCACUGAGUAUUGUUCUCGUUCGCAGUCUAAGUGAACUCGUGAGCUUCAAACCUAACAAUUUGGCGACGGUGAUUUCGGAAAUAUGGAUCCAUCUAAACUUGAAUUAUUACUCGAGCAGCAGAUGAAACUUAUUCAAAUGUUAGCAGAUGCAAAGCUUACAUCUAAUUCUCAACCAAGCAGUUCUAAUCCUAUUACUACUGCACCGUCAGUUGAUGGUAUUGCUAACAGUAUCUCCGAGUUUCAUUACGAUCCAGAAUCCAAUGUCACGUUUGAUAUGUGGUUUCGACGUUACGAAGACUUAUUCAAAUUUGACUUUGUCAACCAGGAUGAUGCUUGGAAGGUCCGCUUGCUGCUUCGAAAGUUGGGUCCUAGUGAACUAGACAAGUAUUGCAAUCUAAUUCUGCCUUUAAACCCACGCGAUCGUUCAUUCUCCGACACUGUCCAGACAUUGAGCCAACAAUUCGGAGACAACUCCUCACUAUUCAAUGCGCGCUAUCGAUGUUUGAAGCUCACUAUGAACGAAGAUGAUGAUUUUCUCACACAUGUGGGUAUUGUCAACCGAGAAUGUGAACGUUUCCGAUUGAAGUCGCUUACUGAAGAUCAAUUUAAAGCACUCAUUCUCAUCUGCAGCCUUCAAUCGCAGAAGUUCAGUGACAUUAGAACACGGUUGCUAAGUCGAUUGGACCAAGACCCAAAACUAACUCUUAAUGAUAUUGCAAAUGAAUAUCAACGUCUAAUCAAUCUACAGCGUGAUACUACAAUGGUCCAGCGUGGUGGUUCAAAUCGUACCGAAGUUCAUGUAGUCCAACAACCACUUAACUCGCAUAAAUCUGCCCCAGCUACAUCUAGUUCAGGUCGACAGACAAAAACAAAUCCUCCUGCUCCAUGCUGGCACUGCGGUGCAUGGCAUUUUGUUCGAUACUGUCCAUAUAAGCAACAUCGGUGCAGGAAAUGUAAUGUGGUGGGUCAUAAAGAUGGUUUUUGUCGAAAAAAGAAGCCGAGCAACUCCAGAGGUACCAGAAAACCUACACCUAGAUCCAACACGAAUUCGUUGAGUCUAAUAGCAAGCUGUGAGAACUCAACCCCAGUUGAGAGGAAAUUUAUUACCCUUAGCAUUAAUGGGCACCCUCUUAGAUUGCAAAUAGACACUGCAUCUGAUGUAACGAUUCUCUCACGAAAAUCUUGGAUCAGAAUGGGAAGACCACUAUGUGAUAAUCAUACUUUAAAUAAUAGCCUCAAGGGUUUUUUUCUAAAUAGAUAAAGCGAACAGAAUCGAUUAUAUAUGGUUUCACUUGCUCAAAAAAUGAAAACCGUCUGUAUAGAUGUAGUUAACGAACACAGGUUGGAAGACUAAGGAAUCGUUUAAUACGAAAUUACAGAAUGUCUAUGUAAGCUAUGCAAAUCAUACAUUAAAUACUUCAUUUGUAAAUCCUCCAUCAACUGUCAUUUAUAAACUUCAUCGUUCUGUAUUUUUUGUUGGUAUUACAAUUACUAUCUGUUUAUAUCCUUGUUCUCUACAACUUAAUCUUUUCAAUCUUCUCCUGCCACAUAUUCCACUUCUGAUUUAUGUUAUAUACUACUUAUUUUUAUGUCAACAUAAGUACCA